AUGUUCGCGUCGCUUUCUGGCCUGUUUAUUCUCAAAUUAGAAGAUGGUAUCAAGAACGGCGAAGCAAAUCCCUCCACUCACGAUCAUGUAGAAUUCUACGUAACGAAAACCUGCCUUGCUCAUAGCCCGUCUGGGUCGGCAGUGUACGAUGUUACAUGCUCCGUGCGGCCUUCAGGUAUGUCAGAUAUAAGAGUCUUGCUUGGUUCCGAAGAAAUCACAAUAGUGUAA